UUUCUUCUCACUUCCGGACUCCCUCCCCUCUCCCAGCCCUGGGCUUCCAGGCAGAGCACCAUAGCAACGGAGGCCUCUGAAGCCGCUGCGCUGUUGAGCCUUCUCAGCUGAGCCAUGGCAGAGGUAGAAGAAACUUUAAAGAGGAUUCAAGCACAUAAAGGAGUUAUUGGAACGAUUGUUGUAAAUGCGGAAGGCAUCCCCAUCAGAACCACUCUUGACAACUCCACUACAGUGCAAUAUGCAGGUCUCCUUAAUCAGCUCACGAUGAAAGCGAAGAGCACAGUGAGAGAUAUCGAUCCCCAGAACGAUCUAACCUUUCUCAGGAUUAGAUCAAAGAAACAUGAAAUCAUGGUUGCCCCAGAUAAAGAAUAUCUUCUGAUUGUUAUCCAGAAUCCAUGUGAAUAGAACACUCACACCAGUUUUUAUGGGAACCAUACCACAAUUUUAACAUAACAUUUGCUACAGAUGUAUAAUGUCGUAACAUUCCACCAAGACGCUUUUCUAGUAACUUGUCAGGAAUUUGGAAAGCUAAAAUCUCAUGUGUGUGCAGAUUUGUUGUAUUUGUAUCUGGAUUAAUGAAAAUGUGUGUCUAACUGGUUAGAGGUCAAUAAACCUAUGUACUGACA